AUGAGCCUGCCAAAAGACUCCCUCUCGGACCUCGACCGGCACAUAAAACUACUCGAAGACAAAGUGAACCAGCUGCGCACGUCUCUCACUGUCUGGCAGAAAUGGCAUCUCGAAUAUUCCGAGCUCAAGGAAGAAGUCGAGCAGCUGUCCAAGGACCCGUCCCCGCGCGAGGAGCUUGCCCGUAUCCGCCGUGACUUUGAGAGCGAUCUCCUGACCGAAAAGGAGAUCGGUCAAAUUUUUGGUCAAAAUGACCUCAAUGAACGCGGGCAGAUUAUCGGUGUUCUCUCGCGACGCACUGACUACGUCGAGCAGAACAUCGAGUCUCUGGAAAAGCUCAUCGAGGCCGAGGAGAACAAGCUAGCCGCUGUCUCCAUUGUCGCAUACCCUGGCGCCGACACCGACGAGGAUAGCGGGUUGCCCAUCACUGACAUAAUCGAGGAGCUUGACGAUGACGACAACGUCGUUGAGUUCCGAUUGCAGUCGGGGAGCGACGUGCCCAUAAAGGUCCUCGACGCUCUCAAGAAGGCGGGCAUCCAUGACAUCCCCGAGACCGAGGCGGACCUGCUCAACAACCGGACAUUUCCCGCAAUCGGCAAGACGGGGCAGGCUCCCGAGGCCGAGUUGGCAUCUCCCGUGCCCCCUUCCGUUGUGGUGACCCCUAGUACUACCCCGGCUGAAGUCGAUUUGCCGAGUACAAAAAAAAACGUUUCAUUUUCCCAAGAUACAAAGCCACCCAAUGUUAGCGACCAACCCCCCAAGUCGAUGGCGGCUCGGAAGUUGGAGGAGAUCAUGCAAAAGGCCAAGGAAUAUGAAGCGAUCGAUUUGUCCAAAGCCGUUAUCCCCGACAAUGAGCCUGCCGAGGACAGCGAGCUGCGCCGUCAGAUGCUCCAGUACGGCAUGUCUGAGAUUGGCCCAGUAGUUGCCGAGCUGGAGCUGGACGACGGCACUCCUGACGAGGAGGAUGAAGACUGGGAUGACGAGGACGAUGACGAGGACGAAGAUGAGGAUGAGGAUGAACUCGGACGUUCCAAACACAGCGUUAUAACUAGCGGUUAUAUCAAGCGCAUGCAGGAGCUUGAGAAGCGACUUGGAGUCAAGUCCGCCUUCACCGUCGAGCGCCCCGAGUCGCGGCCAAGGAACCUAGACGAGACCGUGGCUGGCGUUGGCCGGAUUUCCGUCAAGGCAAAGACUGCCAAGAGUGUCAAGUUUGCCCCGGAGCUGGACAUUGCAGAUGAAAGUGUCUCCCGUACAUCACUAGCACUUCGGCCAAAGGAGGCAACAAUUAGUCCCAUUGCUGAUGUUGUCGAGAAGAUGACCACGUUUGAAUCACCUGAUGAUGCCGAGGAGGAGCCCCCGAAGCGGGUGUCAAAAUUCAAGAAAGAGCGUAUUAGCACAAAGCCUCCAGUGCCCUCAAUACCCACACUUCCUCGCGGCCCUCACCAAGUGCCCGCAAAAUUCCUCACUGAGAGCCGACCAGAGUCUCCCCCGCUACCUGCUGCCCCGGAAGGCCGGACUAUUGCCGACACUGUCGUUGAGCGAAAUGUCUCUACGCAGCCGAACGGACCUGAUGACAUGGAUGAUGUCCUCUUAUACCAAGCCGCAGCGGCUGAGUACAACCGACUACGAAACAAAAUGAUACAGAAAGAAGGCGGCUUCAUGAAAAAAGAGGAGCAAGAAAUUGUUCCCCUCGGCGAAGAAGAGGGCGGACCGAAGCGUAUGAGCAAAUUCAAGGCGGCAAGGCUGGCCAAGCCAUAG